GACCACAAUACCUCCCUCGCGACCGUCAUUCUCUUUUCGCGUCUACAGACAUAAUCUGGGCUAACAGCAAGCAAGAGACGAGAUGUCGUUUGCUAAAAGAAGACCCGACUCCCGGCCGUCCAACACGCGCUACGCGUCGAGUUCUGGCCGCGGAGGCUCGCGUUUUUCGAGCAAUACUAGAGUUGGAGGCAAAGGAAACAACGGCGGAUUCAGCAGCCAGUCGAGUCAAAUGUAUUUUGGACAGUCGGCGCUGCCUACAGACGCGACGUCUACUAUGGAGUCGUUCGAUGCGUUGAAGCUGGAGGCUGAGAUUGAUCGGAAAAUGGGGUUUGAUCUAUAUGACAUGGGUCCACCCAAAGUGGGAUGGCUGAUCAACAUGCACAGCACAUCUGUCCAAGAAGGUGAAGAUACAGAGGGCGCCGCGGCCGUCAACUACUACUUUCUCGGUGAAGACGGCGAGAAUUUCAAAGCUGUUUUGAGAUUCGAUCCUUACUUUUUGAUCGGCUGCAAGGGCGGUCGUGAGACCGACGUCGAGGAAUACGUUCGACGAAAGUACGAGGGCUUAGUGAAGACCACGCAGCGCGUCGUGAAAGAAGAUCUGAGCAUGCCCAACCACAUUGCCGGUUACAAAAGAACGUUUGUCAAAAUCGUAUUUGCAAAUGUCAAGAAUCUUCUGAACGUUCGCCGCGAGCUGCUCCCGCUAGCGGAAAAGAAUCGGAAGAUGCUUGACGCAAUGGACGUAUAUGCGGAUACAAUGACCGGCGGUAUGGAACUCGACAACGAGUUCACUGAACUCUCCACGCAGACAAAGCCCUCGAAGGAAGUCGAUGUCACCGAUUUCAUCACCGAAGUCAGGGAAUACGACGUUCCUUAUCAUGUGCGAACCGCUAUUGACGAAGACAUCCGAAUUGGAAAAUGGUACACCGUCGAAGCGGUUCACGGCGAGAUCAAAAUCACAGAGAUGCCUGAGCGUCUGACGCGUCCGGAUCCGAUCGUGCUGGCGUUUGAUAUCGAAACAACCAAACUGCCACUUAAAUUCCCUGAUGUUCAGAUUGACAAGAUCAUGAUGAUUUCUUACAUGAUCGACGGAAUGGGAUUUCUAAUCACAAAUCGAGAGAUUGUAUCUGAAGACAUUGACGAUUUCGAAUAUACACCAAAACCAGAGUACGAGGGCAUUUUCACAAUCUUCAACGAAAAAGACGAAAAGGCUCUUCUCGAGCGGUUCUUCUCCCAUAUCCAAGAUGCCAGACCAACCGUCAUCGUGACCUACAACGGAGAUUUCUUUGACUGGCCGUUUGUCGAGGGACGUGCAAAGGUUCACGGGAUUGAUAUGUACCGAGAGAUCGGAUUCCAAAAGGAUAGCGAGGAUGAGUACAAGUCCUCGUACUGCUGCCAUAUGGACGCGUUUAGAUGGGUGAAGCGAGAUUCAUAUCUGCCGCAGGGUAGUCAGGGCCUGAAGGCUGUCACGACGGCGAAGAUGGGUUAUGACCCCAAAGAGCUAGAUCCAGAGUUGAUGACAAGAUACGCGUCCGAGCAUCCCCAAAUUCUGUCAGAAUACUCUGUUUCCGAUGCCGUCGCAACUUACUAUCUGUAUAUGAAAUACGUCCACCCCUUCAUUUUCUCGCUGUGCAAUAUUAUCCCACUCAACCCAGACGAGGUUCUGCGGAAGGGCACAGGAACACUUUGCGAGAUGCUGCUGAUGGUCCAGGCGUACCAAGGCAACAUUGUGCUACCAAACAAGCACAAAGAAGCCGAUGAGAGAUUUUAUGAGGGCCAUUUGCUCGAGAGUGAGACUUAUGUCGGAGGACAUGUUGAGAGUUUGGAGGCCGGUGUCUUCAGGAGUGACAUCCCAACGAAUUUUGAUGUUGAUCCAAAGACUAUCGAUAGGCUGCUGGAUGAGUUGGAUGAUGCACUGAAGUUCACCAUUGAGGUCGAAUCAAAGAAAAAGCUAGAGGAUGUGACCAACUAUGAUGAGAUCCGCGAGCAAAUUGCCUCCAAACUACAAGAGCUGAAAGAAACCCACAAACGCAAAGAGUGCCCUUUGAUCUACCAUCUUGACGUCUCCUCAAUGUACCCCAACAUCAUGAUCACAAACCGACUCCAGCCUGACUCGAUGGUAACCGAAGCCGACUGCGCGACCUGCGACUUCAACCGGCCCGGCAAGAACUGCGACCGCAGACUGCCCUGGUCCUGGCGAGGCGAAUUCUUCCCCGCAAAGAAGGACGAGUACAACAUGAUCCGCCGGACUUUGCAGGGCGAGAAGUUCCCGGGAAGAUAUCCCAAUCAACCGCCGCGAGCGUUUGCCGAUCUGCCAAUGUCGGAGCAAAACGCGCUGGUCAAAAAGCGGCUGUCUGAUUACUCGCGCAAGGUGUACCACAAAAUCAAAGAGACAAAGACGAUUGAGAAAGAGGCAAUCAUCUGUCAGCGCGAGAACCCGUUUUACGCCGACACCGUGCGCGAUUUCCGCGACCGUCGGUAUGAGUACAAGAACCAGCAAAAGCUGUGGAAGCGUAAUCUUGAGAAAGUCGACAGGGGCGACGCGUUUGCGCGCGAAGAGGCAAAGAAGAUGGUCAUUCUUUACGACUCGCUGCAGCUCGCUCACAAGGUCAUUCUCAACUCUUUCUACGGCUACGUCAUGCGCAAGGGCUCGCGCUGGUACUCGAUGGAGAUGGCGGGUGUUACCUGUCUUACUGGCGCUACGAUCAUUCAGAUGGCUCGCGCGCUUGUGGAGAAGAUCGGACGGCCGCUCGAGCUUGAUACUGAUGGUAUCUGGUGUAUUCUGCCAAAGUCGUUCCCCGAGAACUUUCUGUUCAAGCUGAAAGACGGUGGAAAGGUUUUUAUGUCUUAUCCGUGCGCGAUGCUCAAUCAUCUCGUGCACGACAAGUUUACCAACAACCAGUAUCAGACGCUCGUGGAUCCGGAAAAGUUCAAGUACGAAGUCAAGAGCGAGAACAGUAUUUUCUUUGAAGUCGACGGACCUUACCGAGCAAUGAUCCUCCCGACCUCCAAGGAAGAAGACAAAAACCUCAAAAAGCGCUACGCAGUCUUCAACGACGACGGCUCGCUGGCCGAACUCAAGGGUUUCGAAGUCAAACGCCGAGGAGAACUUCGGCUAAUCAAAAUCUUCCAGUCGCAGAUCUUCAAGGUUUUCCUCGACGGCUCAUCGCUCGAGGAAUGCUAUGCGAGCGUCGCAAAGGUGUCUGAUCGCUGGCUCGACGUGCUGGAUUCAAAGGGCGUCACUCUCGCGGACGACGAACUUAUCGACCUCAUUUGCGAAAACAGAAGUAUGUCGCGCGCACUCGAAGACUACGGCAGUCAGAAAUCAACCUCGAUCUCGACCGCAAAACGGCUGGCCGAGUUUCUGGGCGAACAAAUGGUUAAAGACAAAGGUCUGAACUGCAAGUACAUCAUUUCCGAGAAACCGAAAUCCGCGCCCGUGACCGAGCGCGCUAUCCCGGUCGCAAUCUUUUCAGCCGAGGAGUCGAUCAAGAGUCAUUUCCUGCGGCGCUGGCUCAAGGAUCCGUCGCUGACCGAGUUCGACCCUCGUGAUUUGAUCGACUGGGGAUAUUACCGCGAGCGACUUGCGUCUGUGAUUCAGAAGAUCAUCACGAUCCCGGCCGCGUUGCAGAAAGUCCCCAAUCCGGUUCCGCGCGUCGAACACCCAGACUGGCUGCACAAGCGCAUCCAGCGCUUACAGAGCGGCAAGCAGACCUCCCUUGACGUCUUCAAGACCAAGCCGCUCGAGGACGUGACAAACAAAGCGCCUUUACAACCAAUUUGCGACCUCGAAGAUCUUACGCUCGUGACAGCAACCUCCGCCGCCGCCGUCUCGGCAGCGACAAAAGCCCGCGGCUCGGUAGCAAAAGUCGUUUCCAAGCGCAAGCAGAACCAAGUCAACGCAAAGAACGAGGACGACACCGAAGCGCUGUUCGCCUCGCUUCCGCUCGUGCAGCCAGAUAUUAACACCGACUACGUGGGCUGGCUGGGCUAUAUGAAGAAAAAGUGGAAGAUCCAGCGGCAAGCGCGUGAGCGGCGGAAGCAUCUGUUUGGCGACAGCACGGUGUCGCACCGUGCGAAUGCGGGCGAGGUCACGAGCUUUUUGAAGAACCAGGCUGAGAAGCGGUAUGGCAAGGAAUGGCAGAUCUUGCAAAUAACCGAGUCUGAAACGCCUGGUGUGCUCAAGUGCUGGGUGAUGAUCACUGGACGGAUCCAGAGCGUGACGAUCAAAGUCGAUCGCAAGGUCUACGUCGAUUUCAAAGACGACGAUUUCCCAGAUCUCAAGGUGACCGACAUGACGGUCGAGAAAGUCAACCGCACGCUUCCGAACGGAAGCAGUUCUCCGCGCCUGUUCAGGCUGACGAUGAAAGACGAGUUCUACGCGGCCGAGUGCCAAAAAGUGACCAGCAUAUUCACGCACCAAUCCGUCGCGGGCGUUUACGAAGGCCACAUCGACAACGCCACCCGGUUCGUGCUCGAUUUUGGAAACUCAUGCCAGAUCAACAUGGAGAAAAAAGGCGUGCUCGGUAAGGGUCUCGAGUUUGGGUUUGAGGUCUCGUCGCUGGUCAAAUGUCCCGCGAACCAAGAGUACCUGAACUCGGUCGCGCUCCGCGUCGUGUUUUUGUAUCAUGUGGUCUCCGGCGACCGUCAGAUCUUUGCCAUCUUCUCGUCCUUUGACGAGCAAGCGGACAUCUUUGUCUACGAGUCCAGCUCGCGCCAGCAGCAACCUUUCCCCAAUCUCGAGACCGUCUACAAGACCCAAUUUGACGAAAUGGCAUCCCGACUACAAACCCAGUCUGCUGCCUUUAAACCGCCAGAGACGCUAAAGUUCAACGUCGACCAGCAUUCGAGCCUCAAGCGGACCAAACGCGCCGUCUCUGCGCGGCUGCUCAAGCUCUACUCCGACAGCAGCAACCAGGCGGUUCUCGCGCUCAUGAGUCCGCACGCGCGGGCUAUCGAGCGGGAUUUUGCGGUCGUGCGCGAGAUGCCAGUGCUUCGGUUCGCGCCCUCGCAGGCCGAUCUCUCGUUGCCGCCUCUGGGAUGGCAGCUUCCGCUUGCGCGCCGGAUCGUGCUGCACUUCCUUGGUCUGGGUGGGCGGAUCGCAAAGAUGACGGAGAUGGCGCGGUACGCUAAUAUCCCGCUCGGAAACCUCAAGCCGGAUGAUACGCGGCUGGUGAUUGACGUGCAGUACGCGCGCAAGUUGCAGGAAGCAGGCGUGAUUCUGUGGUGGUCGCCUACGCCGUUUCCAGACCUUGGCGGGCGCGAAAAAGACCAGUCGCUGCUGAUCACGGAGAACCUCGAGAUGCCGGUGAUCAACAACGCGAGCUCGUACGAGGACGUGUGUAUCGACAUCUCGGUGCAGAAUCUCGUCAUCAACACCGUUCUGACGUCGGCGCUGAUCAACGAGAUGGAAGGGACUGACAACAGCAGUACCGGCGCCGCAGGCGACGGCGCGAGUCUCUCGUUUAUGGAGAACGCGUCGUCCGCGCCCGCGAUCGCUGUCCUGCGCGACCUCGUCAAGCAGUGGUGGGAAGAAGCGUUGGCGCAGGACAAGCACGCGGACGAGAUGGUAAAUAACUUUGUGCUCUGGGUGUCGAGCGCCGAGUCGCACCUGUUUGACCCCGUGCUGCAGUACCACGUGCGGAAUCUGUCGCGCAAGGCGUUUUUGCAGCUGCUGGCGGAGUUCAGAAGGGUGGGGUCGCAGGUUGUGCACGCGCAGCAGGAUAAGCUGGUGAUCAAGACGAGCAAGGCGGUGGUGGGCAACGCGUACUCUUACGCGCAGUAUGUCGUGAAAUCGAUUUGCGCGAAACCGUUGUUCAAUUUCCUCGAGCUCAAGAUUACGCAGUACUGGGACUACCUGCUGUGGAUGGACGACGUCAACUACGGUGGAUUUGCGUGCACGGAGAUUGCGAACGAGUCCGCGCUGCAGACGUACAGUUUGGUGAUGAACUGGCACAUCAAGAGUUUCCUGCCAGAGAUGCUGCAGAACGAGUUCUCUGUCUGGGUCGAGGACUUUCUCGAGCUCAUGCACACCGCAAAGACAAACGAGUUCAACCCCUCGGUCUCGAGCGGAACUCCGCGGGCGACGCAGCUGCGCGGGAUCGGUCGCGGCGACGACGAGUUUUUCGCAAAGGGCACGAUGCUAUCGCUUCAGAAGCAGCUGAAAAAACGGAUGACGCACCUCUUACGUCGCCAGAUCGACGCCACGGCCUCGGAAGACGAGGUGGCGAGCGCGAUUUACAAGUUCCCCACGCUUCCAGGCUCACACCUCAAACUAACAAACCCCACACUCGAACUCGUCAAGAGCUUGUGCGCGGUGUUCAGUCUGGUGCGGGAGCUAAACCUCGAGGUGCGCGUCGUGCGAAGAGAUUUGCUGGCGUUAUUCGAAGUCAAAGAGUUUAGCGACGCGGGCGUGUUCAAGAACCCGAGCACGUCGUUAAAACUCAGCCAGAUCUGCACCUCGUGCUCGCUUGAAUCCGAGCUUGAUUUCUGCCGCGACGAGAAAUUAAUGCCUCUCGAUCUCGACUCUUCUUCUGGCACCGAGCAGCAGCAGCAGCGCAAUAUCUCUUGGAGAUGCAAACACUGCGCUCGCGACUUCAACCGGCUCGCGAUCGAAGAGCGCAUGAUCAGCGACGUGAUGUCGGUCGUGACGAGUUAUCAGACGCAGGACCUGCGGUGCUCGAAAUGCAAGCAGAUCAAAGAGGAUAACUUGUCAGAGUACUGCGUGUGUUCGGGAGAGUGGGAGCUUAGUAUGUCGCCGGAGGAGAUUAGGAAGCGGUUGAAUGUGUAUCGGAAGGUGGCGGAGUUUUAUGGGUUACGGAUGUUGGAUAGUUUGAUGAGGACGAUUGUGACUUGAUGUAUUUUUAUUGCAUGAUUUUUAUCCACUUAAUA